ACGCAACAGCACUAAAUUGAUCAAUAGACCAUGCGGUUCAGAGCUCUUUCAAGAGUAUCUCUUUACAUUCCUGGUCUUCAGUGAUGGUGAAUGGAUAUGAAAAUCAUACGUAUGGCUUGCUGUUAGCUUAAUCAACAAUCAUAGUUUGUAUAUGCUGUGUUUGAGAACGACAUCAACAUGCCUUGGACGUGGUUCAAACAAGCCGAAUACGAAUCCGUCAACUUGGUCUCGUCAGAUAAAGACUCGUCAGUCGCCUCGGGCAAAGGUCCACCCUCUUUCAAAGCUGCUUUACUUGAAUCAGUGAUGGGUCAAGCAGGAAGUGUUAGCUUUGAAGAACGAGUCGUUCACACCGUUCGAGGAAGCGAACAGUCAAUUCUAAAUUGUGAGGUCGGUCCCGAUGGUAAAAUUCUCGCGACCUGUUCCUCUGAUGGUACCAUUUACCUCUGGAAUCUUUCGACAGGCGAGUUAUUACGCUCGCUAAAAGGCCACAACCAAGAGGUUACUUCAUGUUCUUUCAGCGGCCCGAUUCUGGCCUCAGCUUCGCAGGAUGGAGUCGUUAUUCUCUGGCAUUACAACACGGGAAAGAGAGCUUCCCGUUUGGCGGUUCAUUCAGGUCCAGUAUUUGACUGCGCCUUCUCUAAGGACGGCCGUGCUUUAGCCACUUGCUCAAAAGACACUACAGUUCGUCAUUUUAAGAUCAAACCAGGAUCUGGAGAGUUCGUUCCGGGUGUCGAUACCCGCAUUUUAGCAGGAAGACAAGGCCACAGAGCGCCCGUUAACACAGUGGCAUUCUCACUAGACAACAAUUAUAUCUUUUCUGGCUCAGAAGAUGGAGUGAUCAAGAAAUGGUCUCGUAGUGAAGGGAAGUGUUUGGAGACGCAAGAUGGACGGUUUGGCCCGGUUCGGUCGAUCCGAUUCGCGCCUAUGGAAGAAAUAUUUAUUUCCUUGUCAGGAAGCAACGUUGUUGUGUGGAAUUUGGGAGAAAGAAUGGACGUUAGACAAGUGUUAGAUGUCCAGGGAAGAAAAGUUCAGGCCAUCAGCUUCGUCCCAGAUAGCAACUAUUUCGUUGGCGUCACGUCUGAUAGACUUGUAUCCAUUUGGGAACCAAUGCGCCAAAAUGCAAAGCCAAUUUUAAGGAGGACUGAACACGAAGGAAGCAUACUCUGUUGCUGUUUCGAUCCUCAAGGCCGCUACUUCGUCACUUCUGAUUCCAGUGGCUACACACAAAUAUGGGUCUAGAACACGUGACAAAUUAUUAUUUCUAAUAUCAACUUAUUGAUAUUGGUUCAGGCAUUGAUUCAUGCCCAGGCAUCCUCGUGUUUCUCUGAAGAAAGAGGCCUGAGGAGAAUAAUUAAAUACCGAAUUUAGUUAAUUAUUGUAAUGAAGACAUUGGAUUUGUUGAAUGAAUGGAAAUUGGAGGGAAUUGCAAAUAUAAGCGUUUUGCGGCUUAGAGAAUGAGACAUGGACAUCCAGUUCCAUGGUUGAUGUGAUUAUUAAAGCUUUUGAUUAAGGGGGCGUAAAUAGAAAUUUUCUCGCACGGCGGCCAUCUUUGUUCCCGCCAAGAGCACGGAGGUUAGUGUCGAGACAUCCCAUGUCGUUUCCAAUCGAAAAAACUAUUUUUAAGGCCUCGAUAACUCGUGUCUAGUUGUAUAAUUUCUUUCCGUUUUGGAAUAAGCAAUUUCAUUUGGCUCCGAAAUAGUUGUAUAAAACGGCGGAAGGACGGACGGACGGACGGACGGAUUGAUCGAUUGAUUGAUUGACUUGUUGAUUUGUUGGUUGGUUCUCUAAGUCAAUAUAUGGCCGCCGCGUGAAAAAAGGAUGUUCAAAUCAGUUCAACGGUUCUAAUAUAAAGAGUUUGUCCUAGUUGUUAUUAAGUUAUUAUUAAGCUAGAAGAAUUUCCAGGUCGAAUUAAAUUUUCAGGUGUACAGACAAAUAAAAGAAAAUACAAUCAAGAUGGCAUAAAA